AUGCUCUCUGGCAUCCUCAUUUUCAACCAAAAAGGCGAAAACCUCAUCUUUCGCGCCUUUCGCAAUGACUGCCGUCCCCGUCUCGCCGACAUCUUCCGGAUCCAAGUUGUCUCCAACCCCCAAGUCCGCUCGCCCAUUCUGACCCUAGGAUCGACGACGUUUAGCCAUGUGAAACACGAAAAUAUAUACCUGGUGGCGGUGACGAAGAGCAAUGCGAACGCGGCAUUGGUGUUUGAGUUUAUGUAUCGGAUGAUAACUCUGGGGAAGAGUUAUUUUGGGAAGUUUGAUGAGGAGGCUGUUAAGAACAAUUUUGUCUUGAUUUAUGAGUUGCUCGAUGAAAUCCUCGACUUCGGAUACCCCCAAAACACCGAAACGGACACCCUGAAAAUGUACAUUACAACGGAAGGCGUCAAAUCCGCCAUCGCCAACAAUCCCACUGAUUCCUCCCGCAUCACCAUGCAAGCAACAGGAGCUCUCUCCUGGCGCCGUUCGGAUAUCAAAUACCGCAAGAACGAAGCGUUCGUCGACGUGAUCGAAGACGUUAACCUCCUCAUGUCCGCCGCGGGCACCGUCCUCCGCGCCGACGUUAACGGCCAGAUUGUCAUGCGCGCUUAUCUUUCAGGUACACCAGAGUGCAAGUUUGGAUUGAACGACCGCCUUCUACUGGAUAGUGGUACGGCUAGCUCGUCUGUGGCCGGGAACCGGGACGGAGCGAUGAAGGCUACUCGUGCCGCGGCGGGAUCGGUCACGCUAGAAGAUUGCCAGUUCCACCAGUGCGUGAAGCUGGGCCGUUUUGACGCAGACCGCAUCAUCUCCUUCGUCCCACCAGACGGUGAAUUCGAAUUAAUGCGCUACCGCGCCACCGAGAAUGUCAACCUCCCCUUCAAAGUCCACCCUAUCGUCCGCGAAGUCGGCACAACAAAGGUCGAAUACAGCGUCGCCAUCAAGGCAAACUACAGCUCGAAACUGUUCGCCACAAACGUCGUUGUCCGCAUUCCCACGCCUCUCAACACAGCCUCUACCACCGAACGCACCAGCCAAGGCCGCGCAAAGUACGAACCCGAGCAUAACAACAUCGUCUGGAAGAUUGCGCGGUUCUCGGGGCAGAGCGAGUACGUGCUCACGGCUGAUGCGACGCUGACUAGCAUGACGCAUCAGAAGGCGUGGAGUCGGCCGCCACUGAGUCUGUCGUUUAGCUUGCUCAUGUUUACGAGUUCGGGGUUGCUGGUACGGUACCUUAAGGUGUUUGAGAAGAAUAACUACAGCAGCGUUAAGUGGGUGCGGUACAUGACGCGUGCAGGUAGCUAUGAGAUUCGGUUCUAG